CCCGCGCCCUGCCCGGCCUGCUCUCACACGCAAGGAGUCGAGCCGGGGCUGAGCAGCGGGGCCAGCGGGCUGGGUAUCAUCCAACAGCACUCGGUGGACCUGGGAAUGCUGGGCCGCGACGCUUCAGCCUCGCUCGGUGCCGCCGUCGACAUUACCGUCACCCCGGCCUCCUCCCUCCCCUGCAAUCUCACCUACUCGCAAGGUAACCUGACGGGAUGUCUGCUGGCGCCGCAGGAGAUGGACUACCUACGUAAGGAGAUCGUGAGCAGCCUGCGCAACGAGCUAAGAGACAUGCUGCGCGACGCCCUCACCCGCGCCCUCACGCCCACCACCACCAUGUCCUCCCACACCUACUACUCCCCGACGCCCACGCCCAACCCAACUCCACAGUUUGUCACUCCCCACAUGACCACGCCCCAGUUUUCGCUCCCGGCGCCGCCCUCCCAGCCUAUCGCUCCCAGCGGCCUUCCCUCACCCACCUCCUCCACCGCACCGCCACAGUUCCUCGUGGCGGAUUCAUCCUCGGGUGGUGACUCCUGUGGUGCUCAAAGACUCUGUCCCAGUCCCAGUCCCCAGCCAGUAACCAGGUCCACGCCCAGCCCAGUCCCACAAGCCCACAGCCCAACGCAAGCUUGCCCGUCCCCUCCCAUCGGGGCCAGCGGCGGCGUUGUGCACCGGACCGUGCAAGAGCCACAUCCUGCAGCAGCGUCUAAGUCUCCCACUUCUCAGGACAUCCUCCUUCGCCCACCAAAUGAGUCCGACCGUGUACACACUCACAUGUACACCCAGCUGUAGGUGUUACGUGGUGCACGCAGAGCUCAUAGCAACAAACAGCUGCCGGACGCUAUUUCUCACAAUGAGGUGCUCGUUGAUGUCUCUCGUUGAUGAUCAUAUCCGUCGAGUGAAGGUCAGCCGCUGGAACGCCACGCUCACUCACGUCCAGGAUGAAUACACCCCCGGUCACGCACAGAGUAACCAACUUUCACACGCCCUCAACCACACAAACAAAAAAACUUACGCAAUAUCCGGAUGACGAAGUUGAUGUAGUAGGUGAUGUGUGAGAGGCAGAAAUUAUGGUGUUUAACAUAAUGGUGGAGCAUUCAGCUGCCUGCAUACUGGAGAAAUCACAGCUCUAAUUUUAAAGUAAUUUCUUUGUUGGCGAGGUGCCUUGUUCAUCACAUAAAGAGGAGGGGAAACAGGAGAGGGAGAUGGAGGAGGAAGAGGAGGAGGAGGAGGAGGAGAAGGAGGAGGAGGAGGAGGAGGAUAACUGGAGGAGGAGGAGGAGGAGGGAAAAAAAAAAUAAGCUAGAAACGACUUCGGAAACAGGACAAAAGUUGAAAUAUUUAGACCUUUUUACUUCUCUACGUCGUCUAUCUGAUAGUGUCGGAAAGCACAACCUUCAGCAGGUCUCUGUUAGGAUCAAACCCACACAGCAGUGGCGGUGUCUUGCAUGGCUACGUUGAGAAUCUUGCAGAAACUGACAAUAAUGGAACGUGGAGGCGGACGACUUACGACUGCGAGUCCUUGGAAUGGCAAGUGUCUGAAGGAGUCAUUAACUGCCAAGAACGAGUUAGAAAAUGAUGGAGCCAAAGUGCGAGUAUUUAACGUGUACGGUGGACGGCUAGAGUGAACCGCGAGGAUUUAAGAGUUAGUGUGUCGUGUUGAGUAGGGCGGGUCGCGUAUAGAGGCAGGCCGCGUUUGUAGAUAGGCCGCGUAGAGAGGCGCAUGUAGUGUUACUUACGUACGUAUAUGAAUCAGAGUGAGCCACUGGUGUGCGUCGCGCUGGGUUAGCGACACGUAUUAGGAAACUGGCAUCGCUGUAGAUAGAGCAUUAUUGUUCUCUCUCUCUCUCUCUCUCUCUCUCUCUUUCUCUCUCUCUCUCUCUCUCUCUCUCUCUCUCUCUCUCUCUCUCUCUUAAUGAACGAUUUUGUAGCCAUUUUGUAGUAUUAUGACGCGAAAGUGAGAGUGUGUAUGCAAAAAAAGAAGCGCUUUUACCUAAUGACACACACACACACACGCAAACACACACACACAUACAUACACACACACACACACACACACACACACACACACACACACACACACAUACACACACACACACACACACACACACACACACACACACACACACAC